CUUUCCCCAGAGUCGACGCGCCCGCGCGUCUGAUGGGUCGCGGCUCGAGCCCCCCAGACCCCGCAGACUGAGUCAGUCCAGGCGUGCGGGUCUCCCGGGUCUCCCCGAAGGGCGCUCGUCCGUUCGGUUGCUAUGGGAAUUCCGUGGAACAGCAUGAAAGGACGAACAUUCUGCUGAUGUUGAUGCUUGAAAUGUGACUGGCCCAAGGAGCAGAGUGCGAACAGUUCUUGUGCCAACCUUCAUUUCACUACAAUGGCCACAGAUUCUGGUGAGCCUGCGAGCACCGAAGAUUCGGAGAAACCUGAUGGGGUCUCUUUGGACAGUAGACUUCUGCCAGUGGCUGCCACAUUGGCGAUGGAGAUUCGGCUGAAGGAACAUGCCAGGCCCUUUCCUGCUUCGGGGGAAACCACUGAGAAGACCAGGGUCUUCAGGAAGAGCAUGGAGAUGAUGGACGAUGAGCAAGGCUCUGACUCCUCCCCUAAAGAAGAGAACAUCCAGGCUGCCCAAAGAACAGCUCAGCUUUCAGCCAAUGGGCUGGGAGGGGGACAGGAGGGGAAACACGAACAGGGGGCAAAGCUGAAUUCCGAAGCCCCCAAAGACUGUCUCAAGGAGAAGAGCGAAAAGGAGAUGGAGGAAGAAGCAGAAAUGAAGGCAGUGGCGACUUCCCCGAGCGGCCGCUUCCUGAAGUUUGACAUUGAGCUGGGCCGAGGAGCCUUCAAAACAGUGUUUAAAGGGUUAGACACCGAGACCUGGGUGGAGGUUGCCUGGUGUGAACUGCAGGACCGGAAACUGAGCAAAGCUGAGCAGCAGAGAUUCAAAGAAGAAGCUGAGAUGCUGAAGGGUCUUCAGCACCCCAACAUAGUCCGAUUCUACGAUUCCUGGGAAUCUACAGUGAAAGGGAAAAAGUGCAUUGUUUUAGUGACUGAGCUCAUGACAUCAGGCACUUUAAAGACGUACUUGAAACGGUUUAAAGUCAUGAAGCCAAAAGUGUUAAGGAGUUGGUGCCGGCAGAUUUUGAAGGGCCUCCAGUUCUUGCACACAAGGACGCCACCCAUCAUCCACCGGGACUUGAAGUGUGAUAACAUUUUCAUCACUGGCCCAACUGGCUCAGUGAAGAUUGGGGACCUGGGGCUAGCCACCUUAAUGCGCACAUCAUUUGCCAAGAGUGUGAUUGGAACCCCGGAGUUUAUGGCUCCAGAAAUGUACGAAGAACACUAUGAUGAGUGUGUUGAUGUGUACGCCUUUGGUAUGUGUAUGCUGGAGAUGGCUACUUCUGAAUAUCCGUACUCUGAGUGCCAAAAUGCUGCUCAGAUCUACCGCAAAGUGACCAGCGGGAUCAAACCAGCUAGUUUCAAUAAGGUGACUGAUCCAGAAGUGAAGGAGAUCAUUGAAGGCUGUAUCCGCCAGAACAAAUGUGAAAGGUUAUCCAUCAAGGACCUCUUAAACCACGCAUUUUUUGCUGAAGAUACAGGGCUGAGAGUGGAGUCAGCAGAGGAAGACGAUGGCUUCAAUUCUUCCUUGGCAUUAAGACUCUGGGUUGAAGACCCUAAGAAACUGAAAGGCAAACACAAGGACAAUGAAGCUCUAGAAUUCAGUUUUAAUUUAGAAACAGAUGUCCCUGAAGAAGUGGCAUAUGAAAUGGUAAAGUCCGGCUUCUUUCAUGAGAGUGAUUCCAAAGCAGUUGCGAAGUCCAUUCGAGACCGGGUCGCUCUGAUCAAGAAGACAAGGGAGAGGAAGCAGGCUGGCUUUGUGGGGGAAGAUCGCCGGGAUUCUCAGUGCAAGCCUCCACAGCAAAACACUUCUCAGCCAGCUGGGACUGAGUGUGAAGAGACGGAGGUCGAUCAGCACGUGCGACAGCAGCUCCUCCAAAAACAACAGGCUCUGCUGAAUCACUGUCCUGCCUCCAUUCCUGCUGAUGGUUUGCCUGAGGCAGGAGUUGGGACAGUCAAGCAUCCCGAUUCCUCGAGUCAACACACCAUGGCCUACUGCCCAGAUCCAACGGUGGUUCCUGCCAAAGCUUCUCACGUUCCCCAGGCCAAAGCCCAACUUCCAGGGCACCUGUACCCGCCCCAACAGCUGGUGGGACAUUACCAGCAAAUGCCAGGGGUCCAGCAACAAGGAAGCCUUGCUCAGCCCCAGGUGUUUCCACCGGUAGCUGUCCAGCAGUUCUCCCAGAUAAUGGAGCCCCAGCAGACCUUUGGAGCAGACGGCCAGGCUUCAAAUCCACCCACCCUGCCCUCAGCCCAGCACCUUGCAGCAGGCAUAGCGCUCGAUUUCAGCCCUCGGAAUGGAAGUCAGACGGCGGGCCCGACGCUGGAUGCUGAACAGCCUUCGGCCUUCUUGCCAAAUCCCCCUACUGCUCAGUACAUGACUGGCACGCAGGGUGCUCUCAGGGCCUCCCAACAGCUUCCAGUCUCUGUGGCUGGCCAUUCAGGAGCCCAGCUCACUGCUCCCCAGCUGCCUUUAGUGUCCCAAGCGUACUCGGUGGUGCAGCAGGACUCUGGCCCUCUUUGUGCAGGGCCACAGCCCCACUACUACCCGGUGCCUUGUCCACCCCCCCCAGUGGCUUUGCUUGUGAAGGCUGUGGAGCCGACCCAAGAGGCUGGGCUUCAGGAGGCUGAUGCUCAGGGGGUCCUGCAGCAGCCAGAAGGCGAUGGGAGAGGAGGCCUGAUUUCAUUGGGUGACCAGCAGCCCAUCUUGGUGGUGAAGCCGUCUGACCAGCUGCCUUAUCCCACCUACCCCGUGCCGCCUUCUGGUUUGGUUCCAGCUCCAGAGCAGGCCCCUUACCCGGUGGCACCCCAGCCACUAUAUGGCACGCCACCUGCUUAUGCUAUACCCCCACCUGCAGUGCAGUCCCUCUAUUCUGCCCCAGUCCCUGGACAGCCUGCAGUAUAUCAUGCCCCACCUUCUUACUUGGAGAAGCCAGCAUAUGUCAUGCAAGGGACUUACACUGGGCAGCCUGUGGACCAGCCUCCUUACCCGGUCUUACCCCCUGAGCCUUCUGCAUACACAGGGCAAGCAACUCCCUCCCUCCCAGCCACGGAGCAGGGGACAUACUUGGGUCACCAGGCACAUGCAGCCAGCCCUAACCCUGAGCAGCAGGCUCCAGAUGAACAGUCGUUCUAUGUCGUGCCGGCCUCAGAGAGCCAGGCACAUUUGGGCCAGCCAGCAGCCAUUCCUUUGGCAUGUGUGGACCAGAAGGCCCAAUUGUACCCAGCAGAGGUGCUGCUGACUGUUCCGCCGGUGGAGGUCAGUGGGGGGAAUGAGCAGCUCAGAGGCCCGGCUCCUUCACCAGCCAUGGGCAUCCCAAGGGCCGGGGAGGGCCAAGCACAACCCUUCCCGCAGCAGCCGUGUGUCCUGAGUCCUUUCUCAAAACCCACAUUCACUCCACAUCAGCAGGUAGUUCACCCUUCCCAGCUACCAGCAGUGCCACCCCUUGAGCUACUUACUCCAGAAGCUUCUCAGAGUCAGCAGCAACUCUCAUAUGGCCAACCUGGCACCUUCCAGCAGCAGGCCCCUGGCCAGGCCCAGCAAGCACCAGCUCCAGUCCCCCAGUCGGCCACUGAAUGCAGUCAGACUCUGCCUUGUCAGAAGCACCAGCCCGUAUACAGCCAGCCCCCGUGGCAGCCACCAUUAAGCCAAGCACCUGUCUCUGGGCCAUCAGAAUUGCAGCAGCAACAGCAGCAGGCUCUUUACCAGAAUUCAGGGAUGGCCCUUCCCAAGCAGCUACCCCUGACUAGUCCAGCACAGGACUCACUUCCUGCCCAGGGCAUUCCUGUCUUGCAGGCCCAGCCACAGCGUCAGGCUUUAAAAGGCCAAAAUGUUCCAAAGAACUCACAGCCUGGAUCCCAGCCACCAGUAGGAGACCUACAAACAGCUCUUCCGAAAACAGAUUUAGUCCGAGGCAGUGGUGCUGAUGUGACAGCAUUGAAGGAUGGUACCAGUGGGUUUGAAAACCUCGUUGGAAACGGGAAACAGGAUCGGAUGAAGCAGAGGAGGGCUUCGUGUCCUCGACCAGAGAAGGGGCCCAGAUUCCAACUGACCGUCCUCCAGGUUUCAAUGUUUGGUGAUAAUAUGGUGGAAUGUCAGCUGGAGACUCACAAUAACAAGAUGGUCACUUUCAAGUUUGACGUAGAUGGAGAUGCUCCUGAGGACAUUGCCAACUACAUGGUUGAAGAUAACUUUGUGCUGGAGUGCGAGAAAGGGAAGUUUGUGGAAGAAUUGCAGGUGGUUGUGUGCCAUGCCCAGGAGAUCCUUCGCACCCUCCCUGGCGGGGAGUCCGGUUCAUCCGAAUCCAGCAGCUAUCAAACAGGACCAGCUGAACAAGCACAGAUGAAUCCUGCUCCCACUCAAGGCUGCUCACAUUUCAAGCUGACAAGAGGCGGCUUUAUGUUUUGCACGUUGGACUCCUUGCUAGUCAAUCGAACUCGCCCGACUGCUCCGAAAACUGACUCUGCUCCUCAGUCCUCCCCAGUUGGUCGCUGGAGGUUCUGUAUCAAUCAGACCACACGCAAUCGCGAGCCCCUGAGCCUUCCUGAGUCACAGCUCCUUGCUGAUUUGGGGAAUACUAGCAACAAAGACCUCUCCUCGCAGGAUACACUUCUCAUUGUGGCAACCCGCCCACUGCAGGGUGAGCUUUUGGCAUCCACACCAGAACCCAAGGAUUUGGCAGAUGGUAAGACUUCUCAAUGUGCUGGUCCUGAAACUGAACAGCUAGCCCCUCUUCAUCGGGUAGAAGAGAACAAGAUACCAAUUCUCCAUUCUGCUGGGAGUUCACGUGGCCCUGCUGCUGCAGUCCAUCCUGUUCAGAAUCAGUUUGGGGAGUCCAUCAAACAAGUCCCCAGCACUCGUCUACCUGUACACCCAGGGUACCGAGCCGAGGACCACCUGGGGUUAGGUGUUUCCCACCCCGGAGAGUCAACUGCAGUCACUGAGAGCUUAGUUCCACUGCAGGUGUGUGAGUCUGAGCCAAGCCCUCAGGCCUCCUCAGUGCAGUGGCCACCUGGAUGUGGCCCCUUGGCCUCUCAAGAGGGGGCAGUUGCUAGGAGCGUUGAGGCUGCUUCUGCCCCUCAAUUGGUCACACAUGCUCAGAGCCCAGGCCUUGAUCCAGCCCCUCUUCAUUCCUCAUUAGUGCCUGAGGGAGACGGUGAAAGACCUCCCAAAUUAGAAUUUGUAGACAACCGCAUUAAAACAUUGGAUGAAAAAUUAAGGAACUUGCUCUAUCAAGAGCACGGCACGUCUAGUCUCUACCCUGAGAGUCAGAAGGACACCACCAACCUAGAGUCUCCGUUUUCCUCUUCUUCCUCUGCCGAGGAGGCUCUCUGUGUCCCUGGGCCUGAAGUUCUGGGUGCAGGGUACCAUGGAAGCCGGGGCAGCCUUGCACAACAGGCCAGUGCACAGCAGGCCAACUCUGAGCUUCUGUCUUUCUGUGCUGUGGCUCAGCCUGCUGACAGAACUGUUCUCAGAAGGGAGCCAGCCAGUGUGACCACUUCUGCAUCCAGUGAGUUGGGUUCGCAUGAUACAUCCCCUGAUGUUUCCCUUCCAGGAGAACCUGAAGCCUACCCUGCUUCCGUGUUGAGUGGUGGUGGCAGUGGCGGCAGUGGUGGCGGCGGCGGCAGUGGCGGCGGCGGUGGCAGUGGCGGCACCUUCUGUCAGCACACAGGAGAGCCAAGAUCCGAAGGUGCUUCAGCCACACUGCCUCAGGCAGGAGAGUCUGCAUUUCUCAGCAGUUGGACAGCGCCUGGCUCAUUUCAGCGAGGCAGGUUCCAGGUUGUCACUGUACCUCAUCAGCAGGUGAAUAAAGUGGCUUUUUGUGACAAAGACUCUGUACGUACAACCAAACAGGUCCUGACCAGUCCCAGCGAAGAUGCUGGAAAGGACACUUGGAUUUCUUCGGCAGCCCUCAGCUCUCACCCUGAACCUCACAAAGAUGACCAAGCCUUGAAAGAAGGGGAAAACCUUUUGUCUCUGAGCACGACAUGUGAGACUGAGCCAGCCUCCAUGACUCCAGAGAAAGAAUCCUCUGCUACAGGAAGUAGUGCACAAUCUGGGCCUGAGCCAUGGCUUAAGGACAGGCCCGGGGUGGCUGUUUGGACACAGCUGAGUUCUGAGAGUGAAUCUCCCGCUCUUCUGGGCCCCUCAGAAGAGUUGGAGGGAAGUCCCAGGGAAGGGAAAACCUGUUGCUUAGCAGUCCAAGAAGAACCACCCUAUGUUCAGACCCAGAGUGCACUCUUCUAUUCUCCAUCCUCCCCGAUGAGCAGUGAUAAUGAAUCUGAAAUUGAAGAUGAGGACUUGAAAGUGGAACUGCAGAAAUUACGGGAAAAACACAUUCAGGAAGUCGUGAACCUUCAAGCCCAGCAAAACCGGGAACUGCAAGAGCUCUACCAUCGCCUCCGGUCCAUUAAAGACAGCAAAUCCGAAUCCUCUGAGCUGCCUCUGCAGCCUGCGUCCCCUCGACGGCCAAGGUCCUUCAAAAGUAAACUCCGAAGCCGUCCCCAGUCCUUGACACAUGUGGACAAUGGGAUCGUUGCUACAGACCCGCUGUGCAUGGGGAACAGCACGACUUCUUGUCAGCAGUCACCGGCCAGCAAGAAAGGCAUGUUCACCGAUGACUUGCACAAGCUGGUGGAUGAUUGGACCAAGGAAACUGUGGGCAAUGCUCUCAUGAAGCCAAGCCUGAACCAGCUCAAGCAGAACCAGCACAGGCUGGAGACUGACAACUGGAACAAAGGCCAUGAGAACCCUUCCUCUACAGUGGCUUACACAUCAGCCUGGAUCUCCUCUCUCUCUCAGAUCCGUGGCCCUGUCCCAGCAGCCUUGCCACAAGGAAUCUCCCUCCCAUCCUUCCCCGGAGCCUUGCCUUCUUACGGAGUGCCACACGCCUGCCAAUAUAACACCGUGGGCGCCACUGGGUACCCAGUGCAGUGGGUGGGAAUUUCAGGAACGGCUCCACAGCCUGUAGUAAUCCCCAGCCAAGCCGUGGGCCCCUUCCAGCCUGGGCUGAAUUUGCCGGCCUUUCCAGCUGCCCCAGUGCAGAACUCGGCCCCAGGCCUCCCUGGGCCCAAGUGAGAGCACUGGUCAGAAAGGCCCCCCUCCCCCUCCUGCCAUGGUGUGCUUGUCAUUCUGUAGAGAUGUGCACUUUGUACAGAGGGUGCUGUGCACGGGAAUCAUUUUUCACUCCACACCCCACUUCCUCUUUGAUACUUGACAUUUUUUUAAAUGCUGGUCAGAAUGCUUCAGGAAGCUUGCCUUUCGCAUCCCCAUCCCCAGGAAACUCUCAACCAGUUGUUGAGAGCUCUUCUUCAGAAUUGAUACCAAUUGGCCUCUUGGCCUCCUUCCCCA